UCCAAGGGGCUCGUAAUCGUUCCCAAAAUCGUUCCUUUUGUGACAUUUUUGCGAAACGUCCACCGCGUUUCCUAGUGGAAAUUAUUCUAAAAAAUCACAUUAGGGCAUGGUCGAUAAAGUUUUACCGUCGAAAACCCGUGAUAUAAAAUCUCUCACCGUGGUUAAGUUUUUUCGUGCCAAGUGCAACUAAACUAUCAAGAUUCCGCCGAUAAUUCAAAGCCUACCCAGUGGGUGGCUUAAUUUGGGAGCACCGGGUGAGUCCGGCGCAGCUGGCAGUGCCGGGCGCCACGCGCGCACUAGCCCGUCCCCCGCGCCCCGCCCGCGCCCCGCGCAGCGCUGCUGGCGCCGCGCGCUCAACGUCGACCCGCCUUGGCUGCGGCGCGCGCCCGCUCGCUGACACAUCUCUCACCCGAUCACCAGCUGACACUUGUGGACUAGCGCUAUCGGGCCUCUGCCACCGGGCUCCGAGAACACCUGACACCGCCCCUCUCCGCACCGCCGCUCGCCCCCCCUCUCGCAGCAUAGCCGACUGACUCGGCCUCGGCGUCUGCCGAGGCUCAGGGCCCGUCGGAGGACUACUAGCCAGCCCCCAGACUAACGCUUACCCGAGCCUAGCUCAAGGUCAGGAACUUUAGUCAAGUGGACUCGACGCUCGUCAAGAUCCCAGGCAUAAUGAAGGUCGUGGAAGAGGAGCAGCAGGUGGUCGUGAUGGAGGGCCCCUGGAGCCCCGUGGACGUGAUCCGCGACAUCGUGGACGAGGGCUCGCAGGAGGACCCCUUCUACGUCAUGGACCUGGGGGAGGUCGUGGCGCGGUUCCGCGAGUGGAAGGAGCUGAUGCCCAGAGUUGAGCCAUUCUAUGCGGUGAAGUGCAAUGAUGACAAGCUGAUGGUCAGCACGCUGGCCGCGUUGGGCGCCGGCUUCGACUGCGCCUCCAAGGCAGAGAUCCAGCUCGUUACAUCCCUCGGAGUGGGCCCCGAUCGCAUAAUCUUCGCAAACCCCGCCAAACCCGCGUCUCACAUCCGCUAUGCGAGCGCCGCCGGAGUCACCACCAUGACCUUCGACUCCGAGACCGAGCUGAUGAAGAUCAAGCAGUACAUGCCGCACGCUCAGUUGGUCGUCCGCAUCCGCUGCGACGCAGCAUCCGCGCAGUGCCCGCUCGGCAUCAAGUUCGGCUGCGACCCCGUCGCCGAGGCGCCGCGCUUGCUCAAGAUCGCUGCUGUUAUUGGCCUUAACGUGGUGGGCGUAUCCUUCCACGUGGGUUCCGGCGCGCAAGAGAUGGGCGUGUACGCGCGCGCCAUCCAGUACGCGCGCACACUGUUCGACACGGGCGACGCCGCGGGGCACACCAUGUACCUGCUGGACAUCGGAGGCGGCUUCCCGGGCAACAGCGGCACUUCCAUACGCGAGGUGUCGCAGGUGAUCAACGCAGCGCUAGAAGCGCAGUUUCCGUCCCGCUCCGUGCGCGUGAUCGCGGAGCCGGGCCGGUACUUUGCUGCCGCGGCCUACACCCUCGCGGCCAUGGUGCACGCCACCAGGCAGCUGCCGGCCAGGGAGGGCGAGAGUGCGGAGGAGGCGCACACGAUGUACUUCAUCAACGACGGCGUGUACGGCUCCUUCAACUGCGUGCUGUACGACCACCAGCAAGUGCACGCCGAGCCGCUAGAGGAGUCAUCAGAGCGUCCUCAGCAGUGCUCAAUCUGGGGCCCCUCGUGCGACGCGCUGGACUGCGUGCUCCCCGCUUACUCGCUUCCCCCGCAGCGCACGGGCAACUGGCUGGUUUUCAAGGAUAUGGGCGCUUAUACUAUCCCGGUAGCUUCGCCCUUCAACGGCUUCCCCACUCCGAAGGUCCGCGCUGUUCUGGACAAGCAUUUGUGGACGAUGCUGGAAGACCUGUGGCCGCUCACGGGUGCUCACUUCUCGUUCGGCCGCAUCCCGCAGACGCCGCCCCCCUCCCCCGACCCGGACUCGGACGGCGCCUCCCCCUCGUCCCCCCUCUCCCCGGCGGGCCCCGCCCCCCACCACGCGGUGUUCGUAGAGUGCGCGCUCAAGUGACCGCGAGAGAAUAUGUGCGACACAUACGCAGACCGGAGGGGCGCAGUCGUUAGACAUGGAUAAUGGCGUACUAUUCGUUUUUUUUUUUACUUUUUUUUUUUGAUUGUAUUAACACUAUUGCACAAUUUAUUACAUUGUAUUAUCUAUUUAUGUUGUAUAGAGGGAAAGGCUUAAAGCAUAGGCUUAAGGGAAAAUAUUCAUAGGAGUCGAAACGAGCGGGCGAUUAAAUGACCGACUGCUGUUAAAUAAUUAAAUAUCAUUCCUAACUUACACGUAUGACGCAUCGAGACUGCCAUUUAACCGGUGGUCAUUUAACCGCCUGGGCGUGUCGACAAUAAAUAGAACAUUUGAAAAAUUGAAGCAAACCUCAUGGUUGUCGUUUAGCGGCCGAAAUUAUUAUUCAGUCUAUUUGUAAACUUUCA